AUGAAAUAUGGUAAUUCUAUGUAUACACUUUACUUUAGUCUGGCUUGCCAGACUAACUUUACUUAUUUACAUUCUAAUACAAUAGGAAAGUUAUUUCCUUCAACAGUAACAGUGAUGCCGUCUUGUCAACAAGCAAGUGCUUCAACAGCUUCAAGAUCUCAACAAUUACAAGAUAUUACUAGUGAGACUCAAGUAACUACCAAUACUGAUGCUACUGCACAAGGUGUAGUAGAGGUCAUAGUUCAUCCUGGCUAUGAAGCAGAGUUUGAUAGAAUGGCUACUCUGCAUGGUACUCUUAUUCACAAUGUUGUUCCUCUCAUCAAAGCAGCGAUACCAUUUGUUGAUGAUUUAAAGACUUAU